AUGGAACCCACCAAUCCAGAAGGUAGUGAUUCCCGAAAUAGUUCCAGUAAUAAUACUCAGGAGAAUUUGGAGGAACCUAAAAAGGCAACAUUAGGAGAGAUUUAUGAAUACAUAACAGGACCCUACUAUAUGCUCUUUAUUAUUGGUUCUAUUGCAGCAUUUACAGGAGGUGCCGAUUACCCAUUCAUUAUCUUCUUCCUUGCAAGGGUCUUCAAUGACUUUGGAGAAGAAUCAGCUUCAACUAUGCAUGACAAGAUCAUGGACAAUGCAUGGUUCAUCAUGGGAGUUGCCGGUAUUGCCUUCAUCACUAAUCUGGUCUACUACUGCUGUUUCACUCUGAUUGGGAAGAAGAUCAAUUAUGAAUUGAGAUGGAGAUAUAUUCAAGCUGUCCUUAGACAAGAUAACAGUUGGUUCGAUAAACAGAUUGUCGAAGGGAUCCCAACAACUAUUCAUAAGAACUUGAGAGACAUUGAAGUUGCCUCUGGUAGAACUGUGGCUUUCCUCAUUUACUCUGUCGGAACUGUGAUCAGUGGAGCUGGAAUUACUUUUGGUGCGGGAUGGAUUUUCUGCUUCACACUCUUUGGAGUUCUAGUCUAUUGCGUUGUGCUAGGAGGAUUUGUAGAGUACUCUUUUGGGAGAGUCGCCAAGGUCAGUGAAGACGCCUUCCAGAAGGGAGGUAUCCAAGCUGAGGAGAGUAUUAGUGCUAUCAAAGUCGUCAAGGCUUUUGGGCAAGAAGAGAAAUGUACUAAAGAUUUUAACUUCCAUUUGGAAAAUAAGCAUGAUGAAAUCAUGUCAAUGGCCUGGCUAUAUGGUAUUGCCUUCGGAUGCUUGGAGACUAUGUGCUAUGUUGCUGUAGCUUACCCAAUGCUCAUUGGAUGCUUCUUUGUCUCUGAAUCUGUUGACAAUUCUUUCGCAGAUGAGCCUUAUAAUGCAGGAGAUAUUUUCACUUACCAAGCCAUUCAGUUAGGAUUUUACUUCUUGGGAAAUUCAGUGAGACAUCAAUUCACCUUAAAGAAAGGAUUAGAAGCUGCUUAUCCUGUAUUGGAACUGAUUAGAAGCACUCCUGAUAUUAACUUGGACGACCCAGCUGCUUUGGAUUUCGCUGAACUGAACUCAGGAUUCAAGUUUGAAGAUGUAUUCUUCAAAUACGCUGAUGCUACCAAGUAUGCCUUGAACGGAGUUUCAUUUGAUAUUCCAAAGGGAAAAACUGUUGCUAUUGUAGGGCCAUCAGGAUCAGGAAAAUCUACCAUUGCAAAGCUUGUUGAAAGAUUCUAUGAUCCAACUAGCGGAGCCAUCUUCGUUGAUGGAAAUAACAUGAAGGAUAUCAACCUCAGGAACUACAGAAACAAGAUUGGAUAUGUCGGACAAGAGCCUUGCCUAUUUAACGAGACAAUUAGAGAGAAUAUGAUCAACUCUUACCCAGACGCCACUGAUGAAGACAUCGUUGAAGCCUUGAAGCAAGCCCAUGCUUGGUCCUUUGUCGAUAAGUUGCCACAAGGAAUUGAUACCCAUGUUGGUGCUAUCGGAGGAAGACUCUCUGGAGGGCAGAAACAAAGAAUUGCUAUUGCCAGAGCAUUAGUCAGAAAGCCAGACCUUUUGAUCUUCGAUGAAGCAACUAGUGCUCUUGAUAUUGAGAGUGAGAAGAAAGUGCAGAGAGCUAUUGACUCUAUUGAGCAGACAUACACCAAGAUCGUUAUUGCCCAUAGACUCACUACCGUGAGAAAUGCUGAUGAGAUUAUUGUGCUCGAGGACGGAAACAUCAUUGAGAGAGGAAACCAUGAAAGACUUUUGGAAAUCAACGGAACUUAUGCUGACCUCACCAGAAUUCAGGAUGCAGCAAUGAACAGCAAAGCUGGAAGCAAGCCUGUUGACCACGAAAAUCCCAAUGGCAAUGAGAACAGACAGACCCAAGGAGAUAUCUAUCUCGGCGAAGGUGACGAGAACCAGAACUUGCUUGAUGAUGAUGAACUCAGAGAAGUCAAAAUUGAAGAGACUGAAGAAUUUGGAUUCUUCUUCGUCAUGAAGAAGGUCUUCUCUCAAAUGUCACCAGGCUACCUCAUCCCAUUCAUUAUCUUUGGAGCUACCUUCGUUGGAGGAGGAAUGUGUGUCUUGACCUAUCCUCAAGUUAAGCUCUUGAUGAGAAUUAUUAUGAAUGAUUCUGGGAAUUUUAUUAAGGAAGGAAUUGCUAUUUAUAUUCCUAUCAUCAUGGGAAUGUGCGCUAUUAUGUUCGUGGUACAGAUGCUGACUAGGGCUGCACUUCAUGUAGUCAACUCUAACUUGAUUGAGACUGUUAGAUCUACAUUGUAUGACACAUUGAUCCAUCAGCCGCUUGAGUUCUAUGAUCAAAAGGAUCACAACAUUGGUAACCUCACUGCUAUUUUGUCUUCCAAUGUUAGAGAGCUAAAUGGAGCUUCCAUUGAGAUCUAUGUGUUCAUGUACGGUGCCUGUGCAGGUAUGAUUUCAGGAAUCACAAUUGCCUUUAUAUUCCAGUGGAACUUUGGAGUUCUUCUCCUUGCAAUCACUCCAGUCAGUGCUAUUGCAGUUGGUGUAACCUUCUCUCUUCAGUAUGGAUCUCAGAGUGGAACUAAGGAGCACGAAAGUCUUCAGGAGAAAAUGGUUUCCGAUUUUGUCUGAAACUACAACACCGUCGCUUCAUUGGCAAAUGAAGAUGUCGUAAUCAAGAGGUACUUUGCUAAUGAAAAUGGAGGUGAGCUCAGUUAUACUCUCACUCCAGAGAACUUCUCUGAGGCCUUCUACCCAGCUUUGACCUGUGGAUUCGGGCUCUCUUUCUUCCUCAUGGGGUACUUCUUCUGAUGUCUUGUUGCUGCUCACAACAUUAAGGCUGGAAAAGAUGCUGAGAAGCAGCUGAUGUGCAUCAUCGCAUUUGCUUACAGUUUCGUAGCUGUCUCUUUCAUGAUGGUUAACACCCCAGAUUUCGGAAGAAGUUUCAGAUCUGCCAGGAAAAUCAUUGCUAUUCAGCAAGCUAUCAAAGAAGGCGCUCAAGAGUCCACCAUUAAGGAUGGAUACGAGGAAUUAACUCCUGAAAUUGCUCAGAAAGAAAUUGAAUUUGUUGGAGUCUGGUUCAAGUACCCAACUGCUGAUGAGGACAUGUGGGUCUUGAGAGAUUUCAACCUGAAAAUCAACGCUGGAGAAAGUAUUGGACUAGCCGGAGAAUCUGGAUGUGGAAAAAGUACAGUCACAGCUCUUCUUUACAGAUUCUAUGAACCAGACCAGGGCUACAUCACUAUUGGAGGAAAGCCAAUCACUCAGUUCACUUUGAAAUCUCUUAGGGCUUGCUUCGGGUUUGUCCAGCAGGAGCCACUGCUCUUCAACACUACUAUUAUGGAGAACAUUACCUAUGGAAAGAGCAACGCUACUUCUGAUGAGAUCCUGAAAGCUGCUAAAAUUGCCAACUGCAGUGAGUUCAUCGAGAAGAGAGAUUUUGAUGGAGAAGGUGCUGAUUCCACUGCUAACGAAGAGAUUGAUAACGACUACAGAUAUGUUGACCUUCCAGACGGCUACAAGACCGUGUGCGGGUCUAGAGGUAACAAAUUGUCUGGAGGACAGAAACAAAGAGUUGCUAUUGCAAGAGCUGUUAUUAGUAACCCAAAGCUAAUGAUCUUGGAUGAAGCAACUUCCGCUCUUGAUGAGCACUCCCAGAAGGUAGUCCAAGAAGCCCUUGACGCAGUCAUGACCAAGUGUACUUCUAUUGUCAUCGCUCAUCGUUUGAGUACUCUCGGAAAAUGCGAUAGAAUCGUCAGAAUAGAAAGAGGUGUUAUUGCUGACGACUAUGAUAACAGGAAAGAUGAAUAAAUGCAGGCUUGCCUAUAGAGCACCAUGUAUG